UGUUGUGCCUCCUUCAGUGGUCCAAUUAUGAACUAGCAAGAAGGCGGCGCAUGCGGUGGCCUUUUACGGGGUCUGAUACGAUUAACCAGGAAUAUAUUUUCACUUCAAUGCCUGCGCUCUGAACAAAGCCGAACGUAUGACAGUUGAAUAUUACGGUAAAAUGGGUUUGUUUUUGUAUGCCGUCGGAUCUGUCAGCCCGACUGAAGCAAGUGUCCUAGAGGUAGUUCACUGCGAAGGGGUAAACAACCAAAGCUAUGUGUGUGAAUCUGGACACUGUUGUGGGGAAUCCCAAUGCUGCAGCUACUACUACGAGCUCUGGUGGUUUUGGCUGGUCUGGGCCGUCAUUUUCAUUCUGAGUUGCUGUUGUGUGUGUCACCAUCGACGGACCAAACACAGACUUCAACAGCAGCAGAGACAACAUGAGAUCAACCUUAUUGCUUACAGAGAAGCCCACAACUACACAUCAAUACCCUUCUACUUCAGGUUUCUACCCAGUUACCUUCUCCCAGACUACGAAGAGGUGGUAAAUCGCCCCCCCACCCCACCUCCGCCGUACAGUGCCGUAAACAUCGGCCCAUCGCCUGCCGUCAGUCCACUAACCACAGAACCACAGGAGGGCCACUGCCCAUCCAGACAGGCCACUCCAGUACCUCCUGUCUCAGACACACUCUGCUCCAGAUCCAGCACAGAGGAGAUCCACUCGCCAGGUGACUACAGUCUCAAAGCCAACAGCAAGACCCAGUCGGGGCUUGAGCGGAGCGGGUCUGGCCAGAUCGCCUUGCCCCUGGAGGAGACCUCCAGUGUGGAGAAACGGGAGGACUGCAGAAAGGAGCUGCUCAGAGAUGUGGCUGUUUCUGAGGAAAAAGACAGAGUCCUGGGGAGGCACCGGAGGUUCACCGGUGAUUCUGGGAUCGAGGUGUGCGUAUGUGGCCGCGGCAGUGGCGUAGGAGGCGGAGUUCUUGAGAAUCGGGAAGCCAAAGAGAUGGAGGGACUGCUAAGCGAAGAGGAGCAAGAAGACGACUCAGCGGAGUUUUGCGAAGGAUGCGGCCACCGUUCCUAUGGAGACGUGGAACAGGGCUUGGUCGCCACGGAGAGGAGCGCGGAACAUGGCGCGUCACCCGUAUCGCAGCCUCAUUCUGUCUGUCUUUAUCUGCACACCAUCGAGGAGCAAGAGGGUCCUCACCAUGGCAACGGCGAAUCACAGAGCUGAGCCUAACGCACCUCCGGUUCAGCAAAAGAAGGAUAGCGUACACGACAGAAACGUUAGCACGGAGAGCUGUGUGACAUGUCUGUGUUCAUGCUAGCGUGUGAGUGUUUUUUAUACGUGUGGCUGUCAGAGAAGUGCCAGAUCAUGUUUAUGAUGCCGGCUUUACCUUACGUACACGAGCUCCUUUCGCCUUUGCCUUAAUGUGGCUCAAAAGAGCGACAGGACACUUGUGAGGAAGACUGUCCCUGUGCCGUUUGGUUCUUAAUGACAACUGUCCACUGUCUAAGCCUGCGUGUAACAGCUCCGCUGCUUUAAACUGACUGAUGUACCAUGGGCACUCGAAACUUGUAAUGGAGACGGGUCAUGACUUAUGCUUUAUGCAGUGCAGUAUACACGUUAGUCCAAAAGACUGUAUUAUGUUUAUUCUGUGGUACACAGAGACAAAGAGAGACAGACACUUGUACCACAUUUUGCUGGGACAAUCAGGACGCUAAAAGUCAAACAAUGUCAGUGCAAUGUCAGAGGUGUAUCUUGCUAUUGCAGCCUAAUACUGUGCACAGAACGUGCAUGAAUGCAGCUUGUACUGCCUCACAAGAUUUGAAUAAUUAAGCGCUUUAAAGGAAAUUGUGUAUUCACACAGCUUCUGUUGCUACUCCUGACGUUACAGGGAGGGGGGAAAGAAAAGUGCAUUAACAGAUGUUGUGUUCUGUAAUUACAUGUUUUGCACACUUUUAAACUCCUGUCAAUCAUUAGAGUGAAGACAAAAAAAAAACAAAAAAAAAAAACAAGAAAAAACCAAAAACAAAACAAAAGAUAUUCUUAUGCACAGUAUCUAUAAUCUGAAUCGUCAUCUAAUAGUUUAUUAUUCUUAUCCUUACUAGAUUCCCUCAAUUUUGGUUAAGAUUUGGAAUGGUCUCGAUUGUCACUGACAUUAAGUGUGUCUCAUCUUUACGUAUUGAAAUUAAAAUGUACCUUUUUUUCUCAUAGUUUUGACCUGUUGUUGACAGGAAACUGGGUCUUUCAGACAAAAGAAAGCAGAUGGACUGGACAAUCACAAAGGCCUGUUUUCAAACAGUUAAAUUUCCAGGAAAAUGUCCCAUGUUAUUACUUUUAGCCUUUAAAACUUUCCUAAGAAAAGCCUAUACCCUCACACAACAAUAACACUUAAUAUGAAUGUAGAGUCAACACAAGAGUGAUUGGAAUCUACCAGUGGAUCAAACAUUUUGCCUAGGUUUAUCUAUGGGUUUAUAUGUUGCAGUAACUCAGGAAACUAAACCAUCUUGAGAAUCCCCUAAAAUAUAAGGAAAAAAGAAAAAAAAGAAAAACAGCUUAUGUGGUCAGAAGUACAGGUACGGUUGAAAUGUCAUAAUUCAUGCAUGUAUAGAAACCAAAACACACAGAUGUUGUAGGUUUGCUGCAGGUGUCACUGGCUAAACUGCACACAAAGCCUUGUGAGCGGUGACUCACAGAUGACAUGUCCAGUUACACAUGCACAUGCCGACAACUGUAGUAACCGAAGCCCUAAAGUAAACUAUUUAUUUGCAUAUUCAAAUACAUCUUCUGUUAAAUGAUUUAAAUACGUGUGUCUGGUUCUUUACCCCACAGUACAUGAAGUAAUUGAAGUAAUUGAAACUACUGAACGUGAUUGGCUUGUUUCGGUCGAACAGUCAAGAUUUUUGGACGUUGUGACCUUCUCGUAGAUGGGAUAGAUAGGGGGAAGAGAGAAAAUGAACAUAAAUAAUUGUAAUAUCUGUUUGAUUUAGCAAAGUCACUGGAUACACAAAGCUUUGUGAGGAGUGUUAGAGUAUUUAUAAAAGCACAUGAUAUAUGUGCAAAUGCUGAACAUUUUCCUGCCCUCUUUGUUCCUUAUAAGGAAUCAGGGAAUCAGGAGAACUUGAGGAAAGCAAAAAGGUAAACUGACUAACAAGGAUUUAUCUCAAAUCUUCAAGGUUUUGUGAUGGAGUUUACUGAAUUUUGGAGUGAAUGACAUAACUGUGUCUUAGUCUACUAUACUAGUCUAGUAUACUGUAUGUUGGAUGAGCUGUGUUUGAAUAGAAAAAAAAAAAAAAAAAUACUAAAUUUGUGUGGGUAAAGGAGAUAGUCAGUAACGAUCCUAUGUUCUGCCUUUUAUUUAGAUGUUCCAAGUCACCUUAAAAGCUUUAGAACCACUCUCUGUUUUGUAACAAUGAGUACUUGCCUAUUGUUAUUUCAGUACCAAAGCUAAUUCCAGAUUAUGCCUAGAAUCAGAAUGAAUGUCAAAUUAUUUCGCCCAAACUAACUGUUAUUCAGGACUAAAGAUUGCUGCUUUUGAACUUGUGUCUUGGGUGAAAUAAAUAUAGUUUAAAGGUGCUGUUGCUCUCAUUCACACCUAAAAGUGUUUGGCUUUGUUCAGGUUUCAAUUUGCUUCAGUCAAAUGGAAGUCAGUACUUAAAAGGAGUAGUAUUACCAGUGUGUGUGUGUGUGUGCUCUGAUAAAAUCACAUGUUCUUCUUUCUGUAUAGAGCUCUUUGCUCAGACAAGACAACAGAAACUAAGGGAAAUAUAUCUGUAGUAUAUUUCCUUGUGAGUGUGCCUUUUCCUUUUUUUUUUUCUUUUUUCGGAUUUGGGUGUUGGAAUAUAGACUCGUCUUUGGAUACGGAAAUUCUGGAUCACAGCAGAAAUGGUAUUUUCCAAGUGUGACUGGAAGACGGCUCCAAGCACUUGAUCAUUUGUGUGUGCUUGUGUAUGUGUUUUGUAUUCAAACGAUUUAUUAACGACACCCAAAUUUCCAAUAAA